UUGGACUCUUGUGGCAUUUUUUGGACUUGUCAGCAAGUGCUAGUUCACCUGGACUCACCUGUGCACGUUUGACCUUUGACCCAGACGCAGGACCGGCGUGCUUGAUGUCCAAAAAGUCACAGCCACUCAUGGACCAAUCAGCCCGAAGUGGGAGGAGUCAUGCCAGCGUGCUUACUUGCUUCCCGCCCACUGUCGCCAGAGAUGUGGCUGUUGCCGUGGUGACGCCCCUUGGCGUCAGCCUGGGAAGCCCCAACAGCCGCAGCCUUCUGCGCACAGAGGCACAGGUGAAAUGGACAAUGGAGGUGUUGUGCCACGCCUUGUCCCUGCCGCUGGACUGUGACACGGUCAAACUCUGCGUGGACAUCUACACCAACUGGCUGCUGGUCCUCGUGUCCCCGCGAGACUCCAUUCCUCCACCAAUCGUCAAGGAGCCCAACAUCUACGUUCAGAAGAUCUUGAGACAUCUGCGCACACUCUUCUUGUCCAGAAGGGACCAGUCCAGCGUGGUGCACCAGGCCCUCUGUCAACAGGUGCUAAGUGCAGUUCAACGUCUGGCCAGUGAGAGCACUAUGAUGAGUCAAGACACCUGGGAGACACUUCUUCACUUCCUGCUUUGCGCCAACCAGUCAGUGCUAGCCCCACCAACCUCUGCACCUAUGUCCCAGCAGCUCUCCCACCUGUCCAUGGACGUCCUCUUCCAGGUGUGGCUUCUGUCUUGCUCUCGCUGUUUCCCGUCUCAGUCUUUGUGGCUCACGUGGAGACAAAUGAUGAAAAGCUGGAGGUACCAGCCUGCCACAGUAGACCUGUGGACCCGCGUGGUCUCAGCUUUAACCUCCAGGUUGCUGCCGCUGACCUUCGGUCCAGCUUUUCCGUCCUUCAAGAUCCCGGUUGAAGACGCUGCUCUGAUCCCUGCUGACUUGGGCCGCCAGCGCACACUCCAGACCUGGUUCCGCUUCCUGCAUGUGCUCAGCAAUCCUGCUGAGCUGAGGUGUGCGCCGGAUGAUGGUUCAGCUUCCCCGGCCCAGGAGGACGUGUUCCUUACAGCCAUGACAGCAGUGAGCAAGAUGGUCAACGCCUUUCUGGGUCUGUUUGAGACAUGCUCAGAAGACCAGCAGAUAAACUCAGGACUCGCAGCAAGGAUCCAUUUCAGAGACCGGCUGCCUUCUGUCGGUGUUGCAGUGACUCGAAGUCCUUUCAGAGACCGCCUGCCCUCCUACGGUAUCUCGCGGCCUCGUUCUGGAAGUGCCCCACCCACCCCAAUGAACGUCUCACCCAGUAGUAACUCCCCCCCUCUCUUGCACGGUCGGCUGAAAAUAUCGACCGUUUCCAAGGCGAUGUCCUCACAGGUCUUUCCAUGUCCACAUGUCCUAACACGUCCGUGUCACCAACCUUCAGCGCUUGUCUUCUCCCCUCAGACGUCCCCCUCCCUCCAUCGCUGGAGGUCUUCCUCUCGUCCUCCGCUUCGCCCCUCCCCCCUCAGGGGUAAGGUGAACUCGCUCCUCAGUCUCUUCGGCUCCUUCCUGUUUGAUGCCGCUGUCCUUGACAGAGACUCUGCUCCUGCUGAGAGGUGGGCUGAUGGUCGAGCUGAGGCCUGCGGGACACUUUGUAGGAUUUUCAGCUGCAAGAAAAAUACAGAAGACAUCCUUCCUGUCCACCUGUCCAGGUUCUAUGCGGUUCUCCUGCAAGGUCUUCAGGUGGCAGAGAAGAAGAGUCCUCCGGUUCUGGCCUCCAUCCUCCUCAACUCCUCCUCCUUGUUCUGUUGCGACCUACCAGGAGUCAACCUGCUGCUCCCCUCCUUCGUCUGCGCUCUGGAAACAGUGCUGAUUGACAGGGAACUGUUGAGCUUCAAAACUUUAGUGAGUCUGGUGGACUUGAGGCGAGGUUGCAUCCUGACAUUGAUGUCACUGUUGCCCCUCCCUCAGCAGUUUGGACGUGUCCACUUGGAGCUCGGUGGUGGUGAUGAUGAUGAAAGUUUCCUGUCUCUAAAGCCCCGCCUCCUCAGCGUGCUAAUUGGCUCCCUGCAGACAGAGACUGACAGUACCAACACGCAGAUGAUUCUGGCGGCCAUGUUGAUUCUGGUUCAGGACUCGGCUCAGCUCGAGGUUGCAGGACAAACUCAGCGGCAGCAGCAGGCCGAAACCAGUAGAACUAAACGGAUUGAAGUAUCCACCACAGCAGGGGUCCUGUGGGUUCAGUUUGUGCAUCUGCUAACACAGCACCUGACGUCGCAAUGGAGGAAUGACUCGGCAGUUUGUCUGGCGGUGAUGGAGGUUCUGGAAGGACUGGCCAAGGUGAAGGUGGGCGUGGCUGAGGCGGAAAAGAAGAGAGCGGUCACUGCGGUCUGCCGCCACAUUGAGUUCCAGUGCGGCCGUCCUCCUCCGCUCCACUCCAGAGACCUUCACUCUAUUAUUGUGGCUGCGUUUUACUGCCUCAGCACCUGGCUGACUCAGCACCCCACCAUCUUGGAUCAACAGGACUGUUUGCUGGAGGUUCUGGAGACGGUGGAACUGGGCAUUUCAGGCAGCAAGUCCAGACAGGAAGAAGAAGUGCUAUGCAAAGAGAAGAAGGAACUGAACCCAGUGUCUUUGAGGGUGAAGGAGGCGGCUGAGGUCACGCUCAACUGCAUCAUGCAGGUGUCAGGAGCCUUCCCACCAUCCGGAGGCCCACCGGAUGAGGACGCUCUGAUGGGCGUCUCCAGUCCACGAGUCACAAACCUGCACAAGCUGAGAUAUUUUGCGGUCAAUGUUUCUGUGAUCCUGGGGAUUCUGGAAAAAGCGCAGGCACCUGAAAAAGAGUCUGUGUCAUGUCCGUCACUCACCGCACUGAUCCGAGGACCGUGGUCACGUCAUGCUUGGACUCUACAGCACCACCUUCAGCCCAGAGAGGGAAGAACAAGCACAAAGACUCUUCCAGGCGGGCCGGAGCGUCACGGUAAAGGCCGGGGAGACGCCCAUGUAACAUCAUGUGUCAUACCUGAGCCACUUCCUGACAACAUCAGCAAAGUUUUCCGUGUUCAAGCCGACCUGAGCAUUCCGGACCAGUGGGAGAGCGUGACUGACCAGGCACAGUUGGAACGUCUUCGAGCCGCCUUGCGGCGACAGGAGCAGCUGGAGGAUCAGCCGCAGGUGAGCAGCCGGACGGUUGCCAUGACGACUCGUUUUCCGCCACCGCCUUCUACCGCCCACUUCCAGACGGCGAGACUGUUCCUGUCCCACAUGGGCCUGUUGACCCCUGAGACCCUGCAGGAUCCAGGUACAGUGGGGACGCCUGCUCAGUUAACAUCUCUGGAUCCGUCUCUGCCGGGCUUCUACGAGGACCUGAGACGUUUGGACCAGAUUCCGUCCAGGAGCUGUGACAGUGUCUUUGUCUUCUAUGUCAGGGCAGGACAGAAGACUGCUGCCGAGAUUCUGAGGAACGUUGAGUCUGUCAGCAACGUCUCGUCUCACUUCCUGGACUUUCUUUCAAAUCUGGGCUGGCCGGCGAGGACUGGACAUGGUCAAGACGAAUUCCAUGCCAUGCUCGGAGACAGUGGAGGGGGUGUGUUUGAUGGGGACAGGUUUGUGCUGAAGUACGCUGACGCUCUGACGGACAUCACCUUCAUUGUCCCCUCAUCAUCAUCAUCAACACGAGUUAAUUGGUCAAUGCGCUGGAAGGAGGCGGGGCAUUCAGCGACGUCCACUGCCGAAAACGUUAAAUGUCCUCAUGUUGUAUCAUCAUUGCUCAUUGUUUGGCUGGAAGACUUGGAGGACAUUGAGACGUUUCCUGUUUGCCAGCUGCUGUCGCUCAAUGAAGCAGAAACUGUGAACAGUCUCUCCCAUGUCCAGAUUGUCUUCAUCCGUCGCCUAAAUAGUGGACUUUUCCACAUCACGGUCCGAGAAAAGUCCACCGGCAAAUUCAAUUUGGUACUUCCACUGGUCAGCGGUAGCGUGCUCAGCAAAUGGAGUUUGGGCACGUCGGUCAGAGAGAUGGCGAUCAACUGUUGCCAUCGGCGACAGCUGUGGAGUGACUCCGCCCCCCCGCCACACAUCAAAAGGAAGCACAUGAUCAGUGACAUGAUCUUUCGUUACCGCUGCCGCCACUCUGAGCCCGCUUUCUACAGCGCCCUUUUCCAUGACCCCUGACCCCACCUACCUGCUUCGCCAUGGCAACAGUCGCUGUUGCUUUUGGAUGUAAUCAUCAGUAACACCAUCAAUAAAAAUAACCU